UAUUCGUUUAAACGUGUAAAAGCCCCGUAAACCUCUUAAACCGUGUAUAUUUACGAAUGCGUAAAAAUCUGGCAGCAACUUAUAUGGAAAUUCAUUUAAACACAUUACGCACCAAUGUCAGUGUGUAAAGAACACUUGUAAAUUUACGAUAUUGCAAAAGCAACCCUACCAAACGACCAGCUGAUGAAUAUUAUUGUGAAAAUUAAAAUGGAAAAGGAUAAAAAGUUAAAGCAAAAGCGUCUACGGCUGAAACCGUCCCAUCGCUGGACAGAGUCGCAGUCCCUGCAGCUGUUGCAAGCAGUAUCCGACGCAAUUAAAGAUAGUCCAGAAUCUUUUGAGAAACCGACCUCCCAAAGGUUUUACGAAAAAUUGCAGCAAAAUACACCGGCACUUCAAUCUGUCGUUUGCGUAGCUAUGAAAAGCAAAAUGAGGUAUCUCAAAGCGUUGUACGUUGCCGCGGCAGCCUGGAAAAACAAAACUGGGUCUGGACUACUCGCUAAUGGUGACGAGUCAAGCGUAUCAGCGCAUGUCAACAAAAUUUGUCCCAACUUUGACUUACUGGAAGUUAUCUUCGGGCAACGCAAAAAUGUAAAUCCCGAAAUAAUUUUUGAAAGCACUGACAGCAUUGAAGUACUGGCUGAUUCCCCUUGUGCUGAUAGUUCGUUAAACGAUACCAUCGAUUCCUACGACUUGUGUGCGCUCGAUUGUGAGGAUUUAGUUGACCCAAUAUUACCUAUAAGUAUAAGUAGCGAUUGCAGUGCCGCCACCGCGGCAACUUCUACACCACAAAGAGAAAAGGUUGGAAUUAGAAGUUAA